AUGGUCAAUCAUCAAACAGUUCAUAAUAGAGAGAAGCCUUAUGAAUGUAACUAUUGUGGAAAAGCCUUCCGCUCAAGCUCAUACCUUAUUCAACAUCAGAGAACUCAUACUGGGGAGAAACCUUAUGAAUGCAAUGAUUGUGGAAAAACCUUCCGCUGGAGCUCACAAUUUACUCAACAUCAAAGACUGCAUAGUGGAGUGAAACUUUAUAAAUGUAAUGAUUGUGGGAAAGUAUUUCCCAAUAAGACAUACCUUAGUGAACAUCAGAGAAUUCAUACCGGAGAGAAACCUUAUGAAUGUAAUGAUUGUGGAAAGACUUUUCGAUGGAGUUCACAAUUAACUCUUCAUCAGAGAACUCAUACUGGAGAGAAACCUUAUAAAUGUAAUAAUUGUGAGAGGGCCUUCCGUAGCAAAUUGCAUCUUACUCGACAUCAGAGACUUCAUACUGGAGAGAAACCUUAUGAGUGCCAUGAAUGUGGUGAGGCCUUCCGCUGGAGCUCACAGUUGACUGUACAUCGGAAAAUUCAUACUGGUGAUGCUCCUUACAAAUGUGAUGAUUGUGGAAAGGUAUUCUGUUGGAGCUCACAGUUUAUUGAACACCAAAGAAUCCAUACUGGAGAAAAACCCUAUAAGUGUAAUGAUUGUGGAAAGGCCUUUGGCUGGCUCUCACAGUUUACUCGACAUCUAAGGAUACAUACAGGAGAGAAAACCUAUAAAUGUUAUGAAUGUGGAAAGACAUUCCUUGACAGUACAUAUCUUACUGAACAUCAGAGAAUUCAUACUGGAGAGAAACCUUAUGAAUGUAAUGAUUGUGGAAAAGUCUUCCAUUGGAGUUCAUACCUUACUCAACACCAAAAGACUCAUACUGGAGAGAAGCCUUAUAAAUGUAAUGAAUGCGGAAAGAACUUCUGCUGGAGAUCACAGUUUACUCAACAUCAGAGGCAACAUACUGGACUGAAACUAUAUAAGUGUAAUGAUUGUGGGAAAUCAUUCCUUAACAAGACAUAUCUUACUCAACAUAGGAGGACUCAUACCAGAGAGAAGCCCUAUAAGUGUAAUGAGUGUGGAAAGAACUUUCGCUGGAGCUCACAGUUUACUCAACAUCAGAGACUGCAUACUGGAGUAAAACUCUAUCCAUGUAAUGAUUGUGGAAAGUCAUUCCUUAGUAACACAUACCUUACUCAGCAUAAGAGGACUCAUACAAGAGAGAAGCCUUAUAAGUGUAAUGAUUGUGGGAGGACCUUCCGAUGGAGCUCACAGUUUACUCAGCAUCAAAGACUACAUACUGGAGUAAAACUUUUUAAAUGUAAUGAUUGUGGGAAGGUAUUUCCCAAUAAGACAUACCUUAGUGAACAUCAGAGAAUUCAUACUGGAGAGAAACCUUUUGAAUGUAAUGAUUGUGGGAGGGCCUUCCGAUGGAGUUCACAGUUAACUAUACAUCAGAGAACUCAUACUGGAGAGAAGCCUUAUAAGUGUAACAGUUGUGAGAAAGCUUUCCGUUGCAAAUUAAACCUUAAUCGACAUCAGAGAAUUCAUAUUGCAAAAAAAUAA